AUGGCACAUUUCAACAACAGCACCACAUGGAACGAAAGUUGUGAAGAAAACAACAACAGCUUCAACAACUAUGAUUUCAAGUUUUGCAAUGGUAAUAGAUGCUAUGAUGGCAAAAAGGGAAUCAUCAUUUAUGUUUCCACAUUAGCCAUCAUCUGCAUCGGCCUUCCUUUGACCCUACUGGCCAUCUACUCACUGUCUUCUCUGGUCAGAAAGGAUCACGGUGCUCCACUCUACAUCAUCAACCUCCUCAUUUCUGAUCUGGUUCAGUUCCUCUGCAUGAUUGUUUGGGUGGCUAAGAAGAUUAAAAUAUGUAAUAAAUUGUGGGAAACUUUGAAGAUCAUUUAUCAUUAUGGUCUGUUGUCCAGCGUUGGCUUCAUGGUGUGUAUCUCCCUAGAAAGGUAUUUGGUCAUCGUCUGCCCGCUGUGGUACAGAUUCAGAAGAACCAUCAAGACCUCUGUGGUGGUCUGUGCCCUAGUCUGGAUCCUUCCUCCUGUUUUUUUCCUCCCAUUCUAUUACAGUUUGGGUUUUCUGACCACACAAACCAUCGUAGGUGCCUUCCUCCUCCUCCCCCUCCCUCUGUUCAUCUUCUUUCUGGGUGGGACUCUUAAAGCCCUGUCUGGAUCCAUCAGUGUCUCCUCUGAUGAAAAACGAAGAAUUGUUGCAGUUUUGGUCGUAGUGCUGCUUAUUUACACACUGCUGUUCAUGCCCACUGUGAUUCUUGUGUUUCUGGUAGCAAUCACAGACAGAACCAACUUUGAACUUUGGACUGCGUCCAACAUUCUCAUUCAGCUGAGUCCUCUUGCAGACUUGAUUUUGUACUUUUUCAUGAUAAAAGGAGCCACAGACAAGAUUUUGAUGCAGAGGACAGAACCAACACCAGUGGUCCAUGCUAAGAUAAAAUCCUUUCUUGAUGAGCACGAUGUCCUGGAGGGAUUUCAAUCUGGUUUUAAAACACUGCACAGCACAGAGUCGGCUCUACCGAGAGUUUUUAAUGACAUCCUCCUGACAAAUGUCUCUGGUGAUUUUGUUGUCCUUGUCCUGACGUAA